AUGCAAUUGUCUGAAAAGAAUCACCAGUUCCUAGAUGCCGCAAAAUGCAAGCAACGUUGGGAAUCUCUACGCUCUCAAUACAGGAAGUAUUUGCGCAACCAAAAGCCUAAAACAGGUGAUCCCGGUGGGUCGCAACCCACUUGGAAGUAUAGCGAACAAAUGCAAUUUCUUCAUCCCCACAUGAAAGAUAAAGAAAGAAUAUCUUCCAUUGUAAGUUUAGAAGACACAAUAGAUGAUACUGAAGAGAUAUUGCAGGAAUCGAACGAGCAAACACCUCAUGUUGCAUUUAAAAAAAUGGACUCUCCAACCACAAAUGAAAACCAUAGAGCCUGGAAAUCUCCUCAGGGCACGAAAAGAAAAACAUACCAACCAGAGACGGCUAGUAGUACUCUAAUGAAGCAUUUAAUAAAUGAAGAAAAAAAACAAAAAGAAGUAGAUGAGAUUGAUCUUUUUUUUGAUACAAUGAAAAGGACAGUUAAGAAAUUUUGUGAUGCAGAUAAGUUGUUAGUGAAACGGAAAGUAUUUAACAUUGUAAGUGAUAUAGAAGGAAAGUAUGUUGGUGAAGAACAGCCUCAGAGUCAGCAAUGGUACGGACAAAAAACUCAAUACAGACACCAUAGUUUAACAUCAUUUCCACAGACCACUGAAGAACACGUUUUCAAUUUAACACCAAACACUCAACAGCAAUUUGUUUCCUCACAUACGACUGGGCCCCAGAUCAAUCCUUAUUACGAAGAAACAAGCAACCCAUCUACUUCCUACUCUCGACCUUCUUCUGCUGAUAGUGUUCAUUCUUACAUUAGUAACUAUAAUCCAGAUGUAUAGAACAAUUAAUGUCAAUUAAAAUGUAA